AUGUCGAUUGAAAUGAAAUUCCACAAGCUCUCCGAAAACGCCACUACUCCUUCUCGGGGAUCUGAUUACGCCGCUGGACUGGAUCUCUACUCUGCCGAGGAGAAGAUUGUUCCUGCCAAGGGUCGAGCUCUGAUCAAGACCGAUAUUCAGGUUGCGCUUCCCGAUGGUUGCUACGGCCGAAUCGCCCCACGAUCGGGCCUUGCUUACAAGAAAGGCAUUGAUGUAGGCGCAGGUGUCGUUGACCAGGACUAUCGAGGAAACGUUGGCGUCAUUCUCUUCAACUUUGGCGAAGAGGAAUUCAAGGUCGAAAAAGGCGACCGAAUCGCUCAAUUCAUUCUGGAACGCAUCUGGAUGCCAGUUCUCGUCGAGUCUAGCGAAAAGCUUGAAGAGACCGUCCGCGGCGAAGCUGGCUUCGGGUCCACUGGCGUUAAAAAGAUGAAGUUGGACAACGAAGCUGAAAACCGACAGCCCCUUGUUGAAAACAAAAACUAA